AUGUCUAAUUUUAUCGACAACGAGGCAGAGCUUUCCGAUCAGGCGGAAUCAGCUGCAUCAGAAACUUCAGAACCUGCACCAAAACGAUCAAGAAAAUUAAAAGAAAAGAAAAGACGUCAUCAAAUAAGUAGUGACGAGGAGGAUGAAGAAGACGAUGCAGAGGAUGAGGAUCGUGCUCGAGAAGAGAUGAAAGGAUUUGUUGUUGAUGAUGAAGAUGAGGAUGACGAAGAAGGGGGUGAUGGUGGAGAUGCUGGUGAUGAUGAGAGUAGCAAAGCAGGUUCUGAUGAUGAUUUGUUGGAAGAUGAUUUGGAUCUCCUUAACGAAAAUAUUGGCCAUAAUGUACGCGGACGAGUGGAAAUUAGCGAUGAUGAAGAUGAUCGUGAACGAAUUAAAGGACAGCUCUUUGGAACUUCUGAUUUUGUUGAUGAUGGCCGUACAAACGAACCAGAAUAUCAGCAACGAGCAUAUACUGAUGCUGGGUCAAGAAGUGAAUCAGAACAAUCCGAAGACCCGUUUAUUGUACAAGAUGAAGGACAACGUCGACGACAUCGCAAAAAGGGUACAAAACGUGAAUAUAGUGAUCAGGUCCUUGAUGAAGCGAAGGAUAUUUUUGGUGUGGAAGAUUUGGAUGAAUUUUAUGAAGAUGAAGAAGUACUUGAGGAGGAACUUGAAGAGGGCGAAGAAAGCAUUCGAACAACGAGACCAAGAGGUGCCAAGGUCACAUUAUUGGAUACAAUUGAACCUUCAGAACUUGAAAAGGGUUUUGUUAGGGCAGAGGAUAAGAAAAUUAUUUGCGAGGACCGGCCAGAACGUUUUCAGACUGAUACUGGCCUCAGUAUUUACAAGCAUGGAAAAGGGACAUUAGAAGUUAAUACGGCAGAGGAGGAAGCUCCUGAAAAAAUACGAGAAGCAAUUCGUUUCAUUCGGAACCAACUUUUUGAGGUGCCUUUUAUUGCCUUUUAUCGCAAAGAAUAUGUUGAGUCUUCUCUGUUGAUGCCUGAUUUAUGGAAAUGGUGUCGACUUCAAAUGCGAAAAGUUCGUAUAGCUGAUUUACUUAAACGUGUACAAAAAUAUAUAACUGAAUCUGGUUAUGAUGAGGCAGCUGUAUUACAACGUGUUACAGAUAAAGACUUUAGAGAUGAGAUGAGGCGAAUUGUCGAAUGGGAAAGGAUAAUCAUUUUACAAGAGCCACAGAGCGAAGUAGAGAUUACUUCUCGUUUCAAACUUGGAAGCCGGACAGAUAAAUAUAUGCUUUGUAUCCAAUGUGGUCUUUCGCCUAUGGCUGAUGCUUUCGGUUUAACACCGGAAGAAUUCGCAGAAAAUUACACAGAAUAUGUCAAGCACGAGGUGAGACAAAGUACAAAGGAGCCUAAUGAUGAUGCAAAAGAAUAUAUUACAGAAACAUUCCCAACGCCAGAAAAGGUUGUUCAAGGUGCAAUGUAUUUACUUGCAAUGCGCUUUAGUCGUGAACCUGCAGUUAGAAAGAAACUUCGACAAAUUUAUCGCCAAAAUUUACUUCUUUCCAUUUAUCCUACAAAAAAAGGGCGCAACGAAAUAGAUGAAAGCCACUGGCUUUAUGGUCGUCACUAUAUUAAAGACAAGCCUGUUAAUGAAUUGAAGGAGGAUGAGUAUUUACAUUAUGUUAAAGCAAAGAAUGAUGAUUUAAUUGAAAUCGAUUUACACAUUGAAACCGAUGCUACAGGGGAAACAAAUUGUAUGCUGCUUAGUUUAACACGAGAGCCAAUAUUCAGCCGAGAAGAGUAUUUUUAUAUAACUGAAGAAUGGAAUAAAUUACGAAAGGAAGUGCUUCGUCAAUGUGUUUGUGAUAUUUUAAUACCUAUUUUUCAACGUGAAGCACAUGAAAGGUUAUUGGAGGAGGCGCGUGAUUGUGUUAUUCGAAAAGCCUCCCUACGUCUAAAUCAUUUAAUUUCUACGGAGGCUUAUAGAAAGACAUUUUCCUACGAAGAGGAAGAUGAUGAUAUGCCUGAUUUGGGCACACGUGUUGCAUCAAUUUGUUAUUCUGCUGAUAGGGCGGAAGCUACUUUUGCUGUUGUUAUUGAUGAAAACGGUUGGGUUUUUGUUGAGGUUUUUAAUUUUUAUUUUAAAGGAAUGGUAAUUGAAUUUAUGAGAUUGGUUCACUUUACAAAGGGCAUGCGAUCAAAAUUUCCUGACGAUGUAUUACUCAAGAAAAAGGAUUUGAGAGAACUUUUCUAUUUAAUUCAAAGACGACGGCCUCAUUUGAUCGUUUUAAACAGCGAAAAUAUGGAUGCAAUUCGUUUAGCUGAAGAUAUUCGUAAUAUGUUAAAAAAUGAAGUAGAGGUCAAUAAGACUUUUCCUGUCCAAAUCCCUGUUGAAAUUACAAAUAGUGAUGCAGCAAAAGUCUACAUGAAUAGUCGAAUGUCAACGCAAGAAUUUGUUGAAUUUCCUCCUCUUUUGAGACAAGCAGUUUCUUUAGGCCGUUUUGCCCUCGAUCCACUUAAUGAAAUUUGCCAUUUAUGUAAUGCUGAAGAUGAUAUUUUAUAUAUGAAAUUUCAUCCUUUGCAAAAUGAAAUUGGCAAAUCUGAUUUAUUAUUUGCAUUGCAACUGGAGUGUAUAAAUCGUGUUAAUGAGGUUGGUGUCGACAUUAACCGUUGUUUGGAAUUUCCUCACACGGCUGGUCUUUUACAAUUUGUUUGUGGACUUGGCCCGAGAAAAGCCCUUCAUUUGCUCAAAAUUCUCAAACAAAAUGAUAAUUUACUUGAAAGUCGCACAAAAUUGGUUACAUUUUGUCGAAUGGGUCCAAAAGUUUUUAUGAAUGCUGCUGGAUUUAUUAAAAUUGAUACUGCAAAAAUUGCUGAAAGAACUGAUUCUUAUGUGGAAGUAUUGGAUGGUUCACGUGUUCACCCUGAAACAUACGAAUGGGCAAGGAAAAUGGCUGUUGAUGCAUUAGAGUUGGACGAUGCUGUUGAUCAAACGGUGGCAUUAGAAGAAAUUUUAAAGGCUCCAGAAAAACUCAAAGAAUUGGAUUUGGAUGCUUUUGCUGAAGAAUUAACUAGACAGGGCUUUGGCAACAAAAACAUUACACUCUACGAUAUUCGUGCCGAACUUAACUAUCGUUACAAAGAUUUACGUAUGCCUCAUAUGCCCCCAAACGGGGAAGAGUUGGCUCAAAUGUUGUUGCACGAUGACAUAUCAAACGUUCAAGGAAAGCUUGUACUUGGACAAAUUCUAUCUGUUGCAUAUAGGAAAAUUAAUGAAAAGGAAACCAAUUUAAAAGCACGUUGGAAUGACUUUACAUCUACUUGGGUGUGCCCAUGUUGUAAACGCGACAAUUUUAAGGAACCGACAGAUGUGUCAAAUCAUUUUGGUGAAUUUACCGGUAUUCGCGAAUGCCCUGGUGUCCCUGUUGGUUUACGCGUUAGAUUAGACAAUGGAUUGAUGGGAUUUGUUGGAAUGAGAAAUAUUUCUGAUCAAUCCGAGAAAAUUACUGAUCCAACGAAAUUAUUUAAACCCGGCCAAAACCAAUAUUUUCGCGUCAUUGAGUUCAAGCCAGAUCGUUUAGAAUGUGAUCUUUCUUGUAAAUCAAGUGAUUUAAGAGGAGAAGAAGAUAGACGUGACAAAUAUUUCGAUAGUGAUCGGUUCCAAGAAGACAAUAUUGCUGAUGAAAAAGCGAGGAAAGCUGCACAUGAAAAACGACAUAUGAAUAGUCGUGUCACUUCUCAUCCAUGUUUCCAUAAUGUCACAUUUAAGGACGCUGAGCGUAUGUUAAGGAAAAUGGAUUUGGGAGAAGCUAUCAUCCGUCCUUCUGGUAAAUCUCCUGAUCAUUUAACGGUCACAUGGAAGGUACUUGAUGAUAUAUAUCAACAUAUCCAAGUCGAAGAACGUGAAAAGAAGAGACAAUUUGAGAUUGGCAAAAAAUUAAUAAUUAAUGGAGAUGAAUUUGAAGAUUUAGAUGAAAUUUUAGCACGACAUAUUCAACCUAUGACUGCAGUUGUUCGUGACAUUAUGAGCUUUAAAUAUUAUUUGGCAUCAGUUGCUGCUGAGAGUGUUCAAGUUAUUGAUAAUGUUCUUCGUACACAAAAAAAGAAUGCUCCACAGAGAAUACCUUAUUGUAUAACGGCAAGCAAAAAAUAUCCUGGGAAAUUUGUACUUUCUUAUUUGGCACAAUCGAAGAUACGUAAUGAAUAUAUGAGUGUUACUCCUGAAGGAUUACGUUUUCGAAAACAACUAUUUAACAGUACAGAGGAUUGUGUUAAUUGGUUUAAGGCAAAUUUUGCUCAACGGCCAGCUUAA